GUAAGGAGAGAAAAUGUAAUAAAAACAGGUUGGGUGUUUUGAUAUUUAGCUGGCAAUUGCCAAAUUGAAUCAAACAAACUAUACGCGUUUGGCUCCUAAAACAUAUGCCAAAUAUUCCUCCUUUUUUACAUGAAAUUAUUCAACAUUUUUCUUCCUUUCUGAUUUUUUUUUCCUAGCUCACCUCCUUUAAUUUAUACAAAAAUUACUCGAAAAAAGAAAAAAAAAACGGAAAAGUUCGUUAAAUUUUGACUUAUGAGUCGAUUUUCCUAGCAUUUGUUCCUAGCCAAGUUCUUGUUAAGAUCUCAUGUUUCGUCGAUUUUCCUAGGUAUUGAAGAAUGCAGGAUAAUUCCCUUUACAACAAAUGAUAAUUUGAUGAAUUAUACCGCGAAUUAUCAUUCAAUUAUAAGAUUAGAUUGUUAGAUGAACAGUUAGCUUAAUCAAAAAUUUGCUAACGAGUUUCGUUAUUUCGACAUUUUCCAUCGUGUGAUCUAACGAACUAUGUCAAUGAAGAUGAAGGGACUCCUCAAAGGUUUAAGAUACAUUUCCACAAUCUUUGAUGAGGAACAGGAGACAGAAAUGCAAAUUGGGUUUCCAACUGAUGUAAAGCAUGUGGCCCAUAUUGGUUGGGAUGGUCCAACUGCAAAUUCUCCUAGCUGGAUUAAUCAAUUCAAAGAUGGAGAAGGUGGUGGUGGAGGUGGUGGUGGAGGAGGAGGUGGCGGUCCAGGUGGUGGAGGAGGAGCUUCAAAUGCUGAUGCACCUAGAACGCGGGGGUUGAUCCAAGACCAACAACGGUUCUCUACAAGCUCAGAGUCAAACCUCGAGUCCCCGUCUCGAAAGAAGUCCGACAAGCCAAGGGGUUCGAGACGUGCUAACUCGACUUCCUCUGCAUCCGAGUCACCUAGACGGUCAAUAACAAAGCAGCAGCAGCUUCUACCGGGAGGAGAAGGUGAAUCAACCUCCACCGCGAAUAAAACCUCAUCACGCCGGAAAAAGACUAAAAGCAGCUCUUCAUCUCGAACAUCAACCAAAUCAAAGUCAACAGCGCCACCAGUAGUGGAGUUUUCGCAUUACUCAGAUCCCGGGAUAGGAGGAAGUGGAGGAGGAGGAGGAAACAGCAGUAGCAGUAGCAGGAAUGCAGAACAGACGACGACAGGGCGUCGGUCGAAAGGGAAAGAUACAUGUCAGAGUUCAUUUCUGAAACCAUCACCUGACAAAGAUGAUCUCAAAGGAUUGGAUGAUAAUUCUAGAGGAAUUCAAGCUCUGUAAAUUUAGUUUUGAACAUCACUAAUGUAUAUUUUUUCGAACUGUACACAUUCAUUCUCCUCUUUUUUGGCAAAAACUUUGGUUUAGAAUCUAAUCUAUUCCUUCCAACUUGCAACAGAUAACAGAUUUGGUAGUUGUAUUCUUUGAUUUGAAAAGUAAAUAGAACAACAAUCUUCUUAGCUGAGAGGCUCAUUCUUUAUUUAUUUAAAGCAGUGUAAUCUGAAACUUCUAUUCAUAUCAGUGUUAC